AGAGAAGAGCAAGACCUCUCCCCCUCUGGGAUCCUUCUCCCUGCCCAGCUCAGUCUGCAGAGGACCAAGGCCUGGCCCCAGCAGGGAGCCUGGAGCCAGAGGGAAUGGCCCCUAGGAGCAGCAGCCCUCCUCUCCAGAAAUGUUUCCAGCUCCUCUUCAUUAUUGAACAUCUGCUUUUUGGCCCCUAAUGUUAAGCUCCCAUCUGCAGGAUGGGUCACCCUGGGCUGCAUCCUGAUCUCCAGAGUGGUCUGGCUGCUUAACCUUUUUCCCCUCAUGCUCUCCCACAGAUCUACCUGCCUCACAGGUAGAACACCAACUUUCUCCCUGAUUCUACAGGGAGAUUCAUUUAAGAGGAAGGGGUUGGUGACAUUCAAGGACGUGGCAGUAGACUUCACCCAGGAGGAGUGGGGCCUUUUGGACCAUGCUCAGAAGGAAUUGUACAAGGGGGUCAUGCUGGAGAAUGCCCAGAACCUGCUCUCCUUAGGGCUGCCAUUUCCCAGAGAAGAUGUGAUCUCUUACUUUGAGCAAAGGGAAGCACCAUGGAUGCUGGAGCAAGAGGGCCUGAGGAGCUGCGGUCCAGAAGGAGAGAUCAGACUGGAAAUGAAGGAAACUGCUGUAGUGCUACCCCUUUCUGUGAAAGCAAUUCACAAGCAAAGAUUAAUGAGUGAUGGUCCCUCUGACUUCAAUUGCAGAGAAGUCUGCACAACACCUGAGAAUAUCCUAAAUGUGGAGAAAUAUGACUGUAAACAGUUUGGAAAGGGUUUUAGAGGGCAAAGAUGUCUUAUUUCACAUGAGAGAAUCCACACAGCAAAAAAACCUUAUGAAUGCAAUCAAUGUGGAAAGGCAUUUAGAUCGAAGGACGGUCUUAUUGUACAUGAGAGAAUCCACACUGGAGAAAAACCUUAUGAGUGUUUUCAAUGUGGAAAAGCUUUCACACAGCGGGCUCAUCUUAUUAGACAUCUACCAACACACACUAGAGAGAAAGCUUAUGAAUGUAAUCAUUGUGGAAAACCUUUUCAAUCGUGGGAGAGUCUUACUCUACAUGAGGGAAUCCACACUGGAGCGAAAACUUUUGAAUGUUACCAAUGUGGAAAAGCUUUGAAAUCAAGGGAGAGUCUUAUCCGACAUCAGAGAAUCCACAGUGGAGACAAACCUUAUAAAUGUAAUCUAUGUGGAAAGUCUUUUACAUGGAAGGAUGGUCUUACUAAACAUGAGAGAACACACACAGGAGAGAAACCUUAUGAAUGUUAUCAAUGUGGAAAAGCUUUUAUACAGCAGGCUCAUCUUACUAGACAUCUGACAACACACACUAGAGAGAAACCUUAUGAAUGUAAUCAAUGUGGAAAAGCUUUUAAAUGGAGGGAAAGUCUUACUCUACAUUCGAGAAUCCACACUGGAAGGGAACCUUAUAAAUGUUAUCAAUGUGGAAAGACAUACAGAUGGCAAGAAAGUCUUGUUGAACAUCAGAGAAUCCACACUGGAGAGAAACCUUAUAAAUGUGAUCAAUGUGGAAACGCUUUUAGAGGUAGAAGGUCUCUGCGUGAACAUCUGAAGAUCCACACUGGAGAGAAAUAUUAUUAAUGUAGUCAACGUGCAAAGUCUUUUACAGGGAAGGCUUGCCUUACUGUAUAUCAGAGAAACCACACUGGAAUGAAAUCUUAUGAAUAUGAUCAAUGUGGAAAAACUUAAAUGGUGAAACAGUCUUACUGUACAUCAGAGAAUCAACACUGGAGAGAAAAUGUAUGAAUGAAAUCAUUGUGGAAGAACUUAUUCAUUGAGGGACAGUUUUUUUCAAAAGAUCCAGAUCUGUCACCAAGGCAGUAUUCACAAUAGUUGUGAUCAUUGUAUGUCAGCAUGGUUCUGUUUCACGAAAUAUAACAGACUCUCCACAUACAAGACAGAAGAAGCAAAACAUUUAUUCAGACACCAGAGAACCAAAUCCCAAAACCAGUAACUCCAUCCAGGCAGGAAGGAAAUUAAUAUAUAUAAUCACAGCAGAGAACCACUCUAUCCCAAAGCCUCCACCCCGCUGCUGCUGAGGCCUUCCCACAAACAGCACAGCUAGCUUGCCUCUUCUCUCUCCCUCUGACUGCU